AUGACUCUCUUCUCGUCUCAUUACUUGGCCGUACCAUCUCAACCUCUCUCGUUUGAGCGCGAAUACACAGAGGCCCCUGCAUGGAAGCGUGCUCUGUAUGAAGUGCAACAUGACAAUCUUUAUUACGAUGGUCAUAAGGACGAUAUUGCCAGUCAAUUCCUGUUCGCGGUGUAUAUUGUCAACAAAAUGUUCAUACCUAUUGGGCCGUCAGUAGCACCAUCAAAUGACAUAGAGCGUAUAACGUGCCUGUUGGUGAUGAUCACCGGUUGCCUGGUGGUGACUGGGGCUGCUGUGGCGUCGCUUACACUCGUCAUCAGUAUAUACAUGAGGCCUGAGGAAGCUUUCCGUGCGAGGUACAGGCUGAUUAUGAAAGAGAUGAAAUCAACAAAAGUUCCGCCAAAUCUCCGCGAAAAAGUGGAGACAUUCUAUAAAAUGUACUGGCACAAGCAACGAGCGGUGUCGGCUACUCAACUGUUACCUACAUACCCUCCUACUCUCUCUGCUACUAUAUAUACAGAUAUAUACUUCGAGGCAACACAAAAGAGUCGGAUCCUCUGCGACCUCUCCUUUGAGUUUCUAUCUGAAGUGGCCAAGAAAAUGAGUACAAUACAUUAUAUACCGGGGGAUACUCUCAUCAAGCGGCUCUCCACCAAGUCGUCGAUAAUAUAUGUCACUUACGGAGACAUUGAAAUGUUAACAGCAGAGGACAACAGCACGGCCAUCCUGCGUAUGACGCGCGGCACGGUAGUGAGUCCACUGGCGGGCGCAUGGCCCGCGGGCUGCGGCUGCGCCGUGGAGAUGCGCGCCGCCACGUUCUGCGCCGCGCACGUGCUCGCCGCUGCCGACCUCUGGCGCGUCGCUCUCAAGUACGCCAGGGGCACUGACCAUACACGCCUUAUUCUAGCGGCCUUCUAUGAACAUUUUGAAAGAGUGAAGAAACAUUUUUAUUCAAAAACACCCGAAGAUGUCAAGCACAAGAGUAGUAUCCUACACUUCAAGCGGAAUCUGUUGGCGUUGAAAGAAGCAAAAGACGCCAACGGCAACCUGCUGCUGCCUAGAACUGAUUUCUUCUUAGAAAUUGCUGGCUGUUACAUUAUGAGAAAUCGACCGGAUGCAACUUUAAACCAAGAAACGGACGCCAUUUGCCUGCGGUCCACAUUCCCGUGCAUCCUGCAGCCGGAGUCCUCGCUGCAGAUCGCGUGGCAGUCCUUUGUCUCAUGUCUGAUUGUUGUUGUGUGCAUCGUCCACCCAUACUACUUGGUGUUUACGAAGACCGUGCCGCUGGAGUUCAGAUUCUUUGACUACGUGAUGACAGUGGUGUAUGCACUGGACCUGAUCGCGUACCUCUCAACUGGUGCCAACGUUGAGGAAGGUGUGCCAAUAUCGUUCGCACAGACAUCCUCGCAGCAGAUGCGCAGCCACUGGUUCGUGCUGGACGUGAUCAGCACGCUACCCAUUUUCGAGUUCAUCGGUGAAGGGCAUUUCGCUGGCAUUAAUAAGUUGCUGAGAUUGCCUAAGGUGUUCCGUGUGCUGAAGAUGCUGGAGGACGUGUGCGUGUACCACAGUAACGUGCUGAGGUUCAUGUCGUACACGCUGCUGCUGCUGAUCGCCUGCUACCUGAUAGCCGCCCUGCAGCAGGGCUUCAUGUGCUUCCAAUUUGGCUACUGUGUGGUGACGAACUUCACUCACUCCCCGUACUGGGCGAACGAGCCGCUGGACGAGGCCACCGUCGAGAACAGGAUCACUUUUGGACUCUACUGGGCGAUAUCUAUGAUUACAUUUACUUGUCAUUUGGAAAUGUGGGGCCUCACCAAAUGGGACAAUGUUCUGUACACUAUGUUCGUGCUGGAGAUCUGUAUCGUACUCCACAUCUUCAUUGAAGCCCCUUACUCUGCCACUAUUAUGGUCACCACUGCAUUGAGAGAAGAUUACGACUCGAGCAUUGGAAAUGUGAAGGACUUUCUGAUAAGGAAUGAAGUGGAUCCCAUGAUAAGGCAGCGCUUCAUUACAUAUUUGCAAUUAUGUUGGUACAUAGAUAAGGCCUAUUCAUUGGCGAAUAAGAAAAAAUCCAUCUUCUACGACCUGCCUCCGCAUGUGUACCAAGAUAUAGUGGCCAGCCAGCGGAGCAAAUAUCUUCUAACUGUUCCAUUUAUAAAGCUGCUCCAUAAGGAAGACCUCAAGCACGUGUCGUCAGCGGCUCGACUGUUCUACACAUCCCCCAACGAGAUUCUUCUGAACACCGGCGAUAUUAGCUACGAAAUGUUCGUCAUCAAACAGGGCAUUUGUGAGAUUUUUAAUCCGUAUACUAGACAAGCGGUUGGUUUUCUCGGUGUUAAAGCCCACUUUGGUGUCCUGGAAUGCCUUUUACGUGAGUCAAAUUUCGAUCCAGGCUUGCCUGCUUACUACACCAUCAGGGCCGUGACUCACGUGCAAGUAUUCUCAAUAUCGAGGAAGGUGUUGUCCCGCGCCAUCGAGAUUCCGCAGAUCAAAGACGCCAUCGAGUUCGUCAAAUCACAACCGGUACUUUUGAAUAAUUUUGGAUUUCUAUUUUCGUCUAACACUUCCAUGCCGCCUAAAUGCAAUGGAAUACACCGCUUGUUGAUGGCCCGCGAGUCAUUCCUCUGGUAUGAGCCACCCAGCCCGGCGCCGAACAUUGUACAAUUCCCACUGCCCAAGAAAUACGAGAUGGAUAAUGAAUACCUGCAUCCCUUUAAAAGACUGGGAUUCUUGUCAAUACUAAGAUACAUGUUCCCCCGGUUCUCGAUCCGUCCGGACGGCCGGUAUUUGGUGAGGUACGAGUGGUUCCGUGCGUGGUGCGCGCUUUGUUCCGCGAUGGUGUUCCCCAGCUACUCGUACCUGUUGCUGCAGUGGCCCUCGCUCUACUUCUUCACCUGGCUGCUUGAUCUCUCCGCUUAUUUUGAUAUCCUUCAGCGUAUGCUGGUUGGUUACUACAACGAGCAGGGUAUCCUGGUGUACCAUCCUUCAAGCACUGCAGCACACUACUUGAAAGGUGCCUUCAUCGUGGAUCUCUUCUGCUCGUUACCUUUGGAGUACCUUGAAGUGCCUGGAAGGGAAUCAUUCCGUAAAAAGUACCGCUUGACACAAACACGGCAGUUCCUGAUGCUGAACCGCCUCCUGCAGCUGUACCGCCUGCCCGGCGCCAUGCUCACGCUCUCCGGGUACAUCGAGAGGAGAGACAUCCUGCUUGUCAUCAAGGCCAUCCCUCUGUUCUUGAGCUUGCUGAACGUGCUGACGUGCUGCGUCGUCUUCUACUCCGUGAACAUAUUCAGCUCUAUGGAUGAUACCCAGUGUCUGAUCGUACCGCUCGAGGACAAGGGUGUUCGUUUCAACGUGACGGAGACGCCGUGGAAUCUCCACCUGGCGUCGUACUUCUGGGUGGUUUUUGAGACCACCACCACUGGGUACAACAGCCUCAACCCGAGCAACUUCCAUCUCAUGCGGGUUUUGUACAUUGGAAUGGUCAUUGGUGCAAUGAUGACGACGUACUUCUCUGUGCGCAUCAUCAGCAUCAGAGGUAACGUGAACACGCUGCUGGCCGGCUUCCAGCACCAUAUGACGGAUAUGAUCGUGUUUAUGCGCCGAGAGAACAUACACCCCGCCCUGCAGAAAGUAGUUCUGGACUACUAUGAAUACAAUUGGGACAAAACGGGCGGAGUGGAUUACAGGAAUGUGCUCAAAAUGUGCGAUCAAAUCACACUGCGCACUGACACCAUCCUUCAUAUCUACGGACCAACAUUCGCAAAGUGCCCGUUCCUGGUGAACUGCGACGUGUCGUUACUGAGGAACCUGGGGCGCGCGGUGCGCAGCGUGUACCUGUUGCGGGAUAUGGUCCUCGUGGAGCCGGACGACGUGGUCUCCGACAUGUACUUCGUGGACUACGGCCGCCUGCACGUGCGGGAGACCAGCGCAGUUGGCAGCACGCUCUGCGAGCUCACCAGGGGCAGCGUGGUGGGGAACAUUGAGGGUACCUCGAGCGCCCGUAGCCGCGUGUCGGUGGUGGCUGGCUGCCGCACGCACGUGCUGCAGAUCAGCGCCGCCGCCUUCAGACACAUCGUCGCUGACUUCCCCUCAGUACUGGCCCUCAUUGACAACCACAGGGCCAACAAUCCGAACUACAUCGCCGGUAGUUCCGACUCCAUGCGGAACUUACGAGACCGCAGCGUGAGCUCGCCAACUGUGAUACGAAGUCGCAAAGGCCUGAUAAAGCACCUUUACUUCAAAGACAAGUCGAUCCAAAUGUACCUCAUAAUAGUCUCCAUGCUUUGCAUCUACAUGGAUGUAUACAACGCGGGGUUCCAAAAUAACAGCCUCCUGGUGAUUUUGUUGCUAUAUGCGCUCGACUUGGGGUUCUCUGUGAAGAUAUUGAUGCAGUACUCACUGCCUUAUAUCGUGGAGUCAGCGCAUUUGAGAAAGAUACUACUGCCGCUGAGGAAUGCAUAUUUUAGAAGCGAAUUCAAAUACGACAUACUGUCGUGUGUCCCCAUCGAGGUGUUUAGCUUGCUUGCGACCAGGCAUCGCUGGAUGUUGUUCUCUUGGUUGAGACUCAACAGAAUGUUCAGGAUUGUAACUGUACACAAGUGCCUGAAGCGUCACCACGAGCGGCUGACCAUCAACCUGACGCUGAGCACCGUGUUCUCGGUGCUGAUCUGGUUCACACUAUUCGUGCACACCACCGCCUGCCUCUGGUACUACAUAGGGGUAAUGGAAGACGAGAUCAAGCCGCGAUCCUCUUGGAUGUACAACAAUGCUGGAGGCAGUUGGUGUCACAAUUACUAUAUCUGCUCGGUGUAUUUUGUUCUGACCACAUUCACACAAAAUGGCGUCGGGGACAUUAUGCCCAAGAAGCAGUCAGAGGUGGUUUUCGUGUCCAUUCUUCAGAUAAUAUCAACUAUGGUGUACAUGGUGUACGUGGGUGAAUUCUCCAACAUCAUUCAGUAUCAGUCAUUUAGAUCUGUCAGUUUCUACUGCAAAUAUUUAGAGUUGCAGGAGUUUCUGAAAAACAACCGAUUAUCCAAAAACCUAGUGAAGAUUGUGAACAAAUAUUCUUUGCAUUUAUGGCGGGAGUCGCGCGGCGAGCAAGUGCCGCACUUCCUGAGUACUGCACCGUUGUGCAUCAAACUGAAUGUCAUGUCUGCAGCUUAUUUAACACAUCUGACCAGUAAUCCCAUAUUUCAAUAUUGUGAACCCGCGUUCCUGAGGCAACUCGUGGGGCAUCUACAAUUGUAUAUUUAUAAUGCAGGCAUGUAUGUAGUGAAGGAGAGCGAGAUUACUGACUCCAUGUAUAUAAUACAUUCGGGCCAGGUUCAGGAAACGGCAUCAAACCACAACUCCUCGAAGGUGUUCACCACGGGAGAUUACUUUGGAAUGUAUGAAGGUGUAAUCCGCAAUACAUCUUAUGCAUACACAUAUCAAACGAUCACCAAAUCCCGAGUCCUUACGCUUCAAUUGACCGACUGGGAGUACCUACUAGAACAUUUCCCUAUAAGUAAAGAUAUCAUUUUUAAAUGUAUGAAGUUUGAUGAUGAUCGUAGACAUACACAGGGAGGUAUGGAGCCAGGUCAGGCAGACAAUGCUAUGAAUAAAGGACAGCAUUUCAAAGAGAACGUUACGUCAUCUUGCCAAGAUCCUCCUGGACCACCUGGAUCAACUCCAUUUCAGCCACGGCCGCCAUCUAAAACAGUAUCCUCGUCUCCAUCACCUGUAGGAACAGGCGAAACAGUUAUUGUUUCUUCUGAACAAAUUGAAAGUCCUACAGAAAUUGUAGAAGUAUCUCAACAAGAAAUAGAUACAGAAAUAUCUAAACAAAGAGUAUCUUCGUCAGACACUUCCAGAGAUAAGUAUCCUAACAGAAUAUUAGAUCGUGGACCGUCUCGUACAGAUAUAGGUUCCGCGGAUACAGAAAUGUGGAAUGAAAGUAAGACUAAUAAUGGUAACGAUAUGAUAAAAAGUACUGAAGAAGUAGGAUUUCUGGACAAAGUAAAAAGCGAAAUUCAUUUAGAGCAGUCUAGAGAACCAUCGAGUAAGUCUCUUUAUGAAAUUAAAAAUACAUCUGAACCGAGAAGUCCUAGAGAUGUAGAAGAGGCAUUAAAGAAACCUUCUACCCUAAUAGAAAAAGCAAAGAAAUUAUUUCACAAGAAACAACCGAAAUCUGUCGAACUAUUCGGCGAAAGCUCUAAAACUAGUGAAAAAGAUGUGUUACUGAUAGAGGAAGAAGAAGCGACUACAUCACUACUCUUAAAGAAAUUUUCAGAACCAUCUGAAAAUGUAAAUAGCAAAGAAUCAGAAAAAGAAAUCGUAAUUGCAAAAAUAAGCAGGACUAACUCUGAAGAAGUUAUGGAAGAAGAAAAUGAAGAGCAUAUGCUUACAAUAGAUAUUGCAAAAACCUCGAUAGAGAAUUCUAAACGUGUUGUCAAAAGUUCACUACUUGGUAAAGAUAGAAAGUCAAAAGAAAGUCUUAAUGUAGAAAAUAUUGUAACAGAUGAUGAUAUUCCAGAUGCAUCAGAUGUUAAUGAUACCGAACGGUCGUCGUUAAAUGCGAAAGACGAAGCGACAUCUACUUCACGUCUAAAUAGACGUUUUAUUCGUGUGCGAUACGAAGAAGAUAAGGUUCAAAAUAAUUUAGAAAAUCGUGAGACUAUUCAAAAUAUAAAAAACCUUAGAACAGUGGACAGUAAUGUGCCAAUAAAAGCCCAAUCCAUUGAAGAAAAUAAAACUGAAUCUAGUUCAGAUAUUAAAGAAUCUAUUUAA